CUUUUGACUGAUGAAAGCAACUUUGGAAACUAUCGCUUGAGUUUGCACGAUCUUUCUCAGUACAUGAAGCUGGACGCUGCGGCUUUGCGCGCAUUGAAUCUAUUUCCAGGACCUCAAGAUGGUUCCAAUAAAUCGAUGAGUCUUUAUGGUUUGCUCAACAAGUGCAAGACUGCUCAAGGAUCGCGAUUGCUUAGUCAAUGGCUUAAACAACCAUUGGUAGAUUUAGCAGAUAUUGAACGAAGACAAAACCUAGUUUCAAUAUUCGUUGAAGAUACCGAACUCAGACAGUCACUUCGGGAAGACAAUUUAAGAAACAUUCCUGAUCUACAUCGCUUAGCCAAGCGUUUCCAAAAAGGCAUUGCGUCUUUGCAGGAUGUAGUACGUGUGUAUCAAGUUGUCAUACGGUUGCCUGGACUUAUUAAUGUACUGGACAGUUAUGAACCUAUUUAUGAAUCGCGCAAAGAGCUUGUAGAAGAAGCAUAUAUAUCAAAGCUAAAAAAACAUGCAGAAAGUCUGGAAAAACUUCAAGAAAUGGUCGAAACAACUAUUGAUUUGGAAGCCAUUGAAAAUCACGAAUUUAUGAUUAAAGCCGAUUUCGAUGAAACUCUACUAGCUAUAAGAACUAAACUUGAUGAAAUUAUGAGGGAGAUGAGUCAAGAGCAUCAACGCGUUGGGGACAAGCUCGACAUGGAGUUGGACAAAAAAUUACACAUGGAGAAGCAAAAUGUAUACGGAUACUGCUUCCGACUUACGCGUAAUGAUGCAAGUUGCCUUCGUGGAGCCAAAAGUUUCAUAGAGCUAACUACUCAGCGAAAUGGCGUUUAUUUUACUACUGGAAAGAUGAAAAGCCUGAGUAGUGCUUUUACUGAAUUAUCAGAAGAAUAUGAGAAAAAACAGAUAAAUCUGGUAAAGGAUGUAAUUAAUAUUGCCGCUACUUACUGCCCUACGUUAGAAGUGCUCAAUGGUGUUCUAGCACAUCUGGAUGUGAUAGUCAGCUUUGCGCUUGUUGCCGUACAAGCUCCAAUAACUUUUGUUCGUCCAAAGAUGACCGCAAAAGGCUGUGGUAAUGUUAUACUGAAGGCUGCUCGACAUCCAUGCUUGGAAGUACAAGACGAUGUCUCCUUUAUUCCGAAUGAUGUCCAACUGAUUAGAGGCGAAAGUGAAUUCCAAAUAAUUACGGGUCCUAAUAUGGGUGGCAAGUCGACAUACAUUCGUCAGAUUGGAGUUAUCGCUCUUAUGGCUCAAGUGGGUUCAUUCGUCCCGUGUACUGAGGCCAGUUUGUGCGUAUUUGAUUGCAUCCUUGCAAGAGUAGGCGCUGGUGAUAAUCAGCUCAAAGGGAUAUCGACCUUCAUGGCCGAAAUGUUGGAGACGGCAACAAUUCUGAGGACUGCAACUGCAAAUUCGUUGCUAGUAAUAGACGAACUUGGUCGAGGAACAAGUACAUCCGAUGGUUUCGGUUUAGCUUGGGCAAUUUCUGAGUAUAUUGCGAAGCAAUUACGGUGCUUUUGCCUUUUUGCAACACAUUUCCAUGAGCUCACUAUGCUUAGUAAAGACGUUCCGACGGUUCGUAAUUUACACGUGACGGCGCACAUAGAAAAGACUGUCUCAGGAGAUAGAAGCAUUACUUUGUUAUAUAAAGUGAAUGAAGGUGUAUGUGAUGAGAGUUUCGGCAUUCACGUGGCAGAGCUCGCCAACUUUCCUAAAUCUGUUGUAAAGAUUGCGAAAAAAAAGGCCGAAGAACUGGAAAAUUGUUCUAACGAUGACGCGAUGGAAAUUGACGGAGCGGAGACGUCUGGGAAUCAAGCAGAGCGGGAAGAUCCACUAGAGUCAAACCCAAUACUGAACCAACUUUUUAUGGAAAUCGGAAAUGAUGAUUCUGAACCCGCAGAACUCGAAUCGACACUUAGUCGGCUGCAAGGAAUCAAGGCUGACUAUCAGAAUAGAGUCCAGAACGAUAUUAGUUGCCAAGAGAUGAUCUCUGCCGUAGGUGAAAGUGAAUGA